AUGGCUCGUCAAUUGGCCGCAAUUCUAGUUACUGCUCUUGCUUUUAGCGGUGUUAGCGCUGGACCUUGCAAGCCAGUUUCUGCACUCUCCCUGUCGUCUACAGUUCUUCUCGAGACGACUGCAACUGCGACUUCUCACGAGACUUCUUCGUUUACAGUCACUGCCGAUGCGACCGAGACUACUGGUACUUUCGAGACCACAGUCACCGACGCUACCACUAGCACUACUACUGCUACCAUGGAUGCUGUCGACACUACCAUCACCGAGAGCGCUACCGACACCACAACAGCCGGAUCCAUCACCACUUUCUUGGCAACUACUACUACCGAAGAAACUCCCGAGCAGUCUACCACUACCACUGCUGGUCCCAUUGGGCCAGGUCCUUGCAUUGAAGAGCAGGUCCUUUACAACCCCAGCUUCGAUGACAACAGCGAUGCUUGGCCAUGGGACUUGGACAGCGAUGUCACCGUCGAUACAGUGCAGCCGCGUUCCCCCUCUAAUCUCCUCUUGAGCUACGUCACUUCCGACAGUCCAUCCACCAUGUUCUCUCAAGCUCUCCCCGCGUUGGGAGACUAUGAAUACGAGUUGGUCUACUACAUUGCCAUGGGCAAUUAUGCAGUCAAUAACUAUGACUUCCACUGCUAUGCUACCACCUUCGUCAAUGGAAAGAAAAUAGGGGAUAGCAGUAACUUCGAUGGAAAUGGCCCCUUCGCAUGGCAGCGAGUUAGCGAGGUCUUGACGCCGCAGAGCUGUGAUGCUGGGGAAUUGCGUUUCGAGAUCCAGUGCGAAGGCGGAUUCCGGUAUGUUUACAUGCGUGUUGAUGAUGUCAGUCUCACUCGUCGUUGCGGUGCGUGA